GUCAAGACAGCGCGUGAACGCGUAUGGUGGUGCUGAUGUGAGUUAUUCUGCCGCUCGAGAAAAUGUGUUGUUUGUAGCGGGAGAGCAUUCGAAGAUUUACCGGUAACAUUUACGUGAAUUCUUCUGCGGGGCAAAAAGGCAAAAAAUAACCUGAAUGAUGUGAAAUCUAUUAAAUAGCCGUGGGCACACGAGGGAAUAUCGAUGUAAAUAAUGCGUAAAUUGUUUUGUAGAUAGCGGGGAGUUGCCCGGUUUCCGCGUAUCCGUAGUGGUAACAGAUGCGGUGGCUAGCGUGUUAGAGGCUGUAGUGGUGUGUGAGCGUGUGAGGGCGAGUGUGUAGGCUAUCUGCUCCGUGUGGAGAAGGCAGCGGGGGCUUGAGAAGGCGGAUGCCGCAGACAUGCAGUCUGUCUCGCCGAAAGGUUAUCGGCAACUGGUGGCUGUUGAACCAAAGGAGUGCCAAAGAAGCCCUGGAACCCAGAUCCGUUGAUUGGAAUAUGUCAUCAACAGGAUCAGCGUCGGAAUCGCCGUCUCACUGAUCUGUCAAUCAAAUCACACACACUGGAAUCACACUCACUAGAAUUACAUGUGAGUGGCGCGCGGUGUUGGGCGGAUGUACGGGGUGAACCAUCGCCGGGAGACAUGGAAAAAAGGUCAACGCUUAUUUGAUUUCAGUUUUAUUAAAUAGACACAUCGAAUAAUCGACUGAAUGAUUUAUCGCUGGCCAAUUUUCGGGUUCUGGAAGGAAAGUUUUCAAUUGAGAUUAAUCAUUAAUAGUUACACCCAGUGCAGGGGUCGCAUCCCAUUUCCAUUAAUCGCGAUCAUCUAUACAUCCAUCAAUUAUCGUGCCUGCGAGUAGCCUUCCAUAGCCACUGAUAUCACCCGUCUUACGGCAACAAGGCUGUAGGACAGAAAGCGCCAAGCAACGAAUAUGAUGUGCGAGGUGAUGCCGACGAUCACCGAGGGGGAUUCGGGGGGUCCUCCCCGGGGUGGGGCUCAGAAUGGCUCGGACCCGGAAGCCAACUUCGAGCAGCUGAUGGUCAACAUGCUGGACGAGAGAGACAAGCUACUGGAGUCCCUGCGCGAGACCCAGGAGACACUCAUCCAAUCGCAGAGCAAGCUGCAGGGUGCGCUUCAUGAGAGGGACGUGCUCCAACGUCAGAUCAAUGCUGCGUUGCCUCAGGAGUUUGCCACUCUCACCAAGGAGCUGAACGUGUGUCGGGAGCAGCUGCUAGAGAAAGAAGAGGAGAUAUCUGAGCUGAAGGCCGAGAGGAACAACACCAGGCUGCUGUUGGAGCACCUGGAGUGCCUGGUGUCUCGUCACGAGCGCAGCCUGAGGAUGACAGUGGUCAAGAGACAGGCUCCUCCCCCUUCUGGGGUGUCCAGCGAGGUGGAGGUCCUCAAGGCCCUCAAGUCCCUGUUCGAACACCACAAAGCCCUGGAUGAGAAGGUGCGUGAGAGGCUUCGGGUAGCCCUCGACAGAGUCACCACACUGGAGGGACAGCUGUCAGCCACAACUCAGGAGCUGUCCAUUGUGAGGCAGAGGAAGGAGGGAGACUCACUGGACAGGAACGAUGCAUCCAAACCCAACUGGAAGAGGCUACCUAAUGGUUCCAUAGAUGCCCAUGAUGACAGCAGCCGGUCAGUGGAGCUACAGGAGCAUCUUGAUCGGACCAACCAGGAGCUGACUCAGAGCCGCGAGCGAUCAGCCACGCUCAGUACCCGCGUGGCAGAACUGGAGGCGGAGCUAGCCAACACCCGCCGAGAGCUGAGUCGCAGCGAGGAGCUGUCAAUCAAACAACAGAGGGAACAGAGGGAGGGGCUGGCUCAGAGGGAAGAUAUGGAGGAACGGAUCACAACAUUAGAAAAACGUUACCUGGCCGCUCAGAGGGAAACCACCCAUAUCCACGAUCUAAACGACAAGCUGGAGAACGAACUGGCUACUAAAGACUCUCUGUACCAACAGAGUGAGGAGAAGGUGCGCCAGCUCCAAGAGUUGUUGGAGUUGGCAGAGCAGAGACUGGCACAGACCAUGAGGAAGGCUGAGACACUACCAGAAGUGGAGGCAGAGUUGGCACAGAGGGUGGCAGCCCUCACCAAGGCUGAGGAGCGGCAUGGCAACGUGGAGGAGAGGCUGAGACAGCUAGAGUCACAACUGGAGGAGAAAAACCAGGAGCUGUGCAGGGCACGUCAGAGAGAGAAGAUGAAUGAAGAACAUAACAAGCGUUUGUCUGACACGGUGGACCGUCUGCUUACUGAGUCAAACGAAAGACUGCAGCUCCACCUUAAAGAACGCAUGGCCGCGCUGGAGGACAAGAACUCCCUGAUCCAGGAUCUGGAGAACUCCCAGAAACAACUUGAGGAGUUCCACCACACCAGGGAGCGUCUGAUUGGUGAGAUUGAGAAGCUGCGGAAUGAGAUUGACCAUCUGAAACGCCGGAGCGGAGUGUUUGGAGAUGGAUCACACCCACGGUCUCACAUGGGCAGUGCCAGUGACCUGCGUUUUUCCGUCGUGGAGGGGCAGGACGGGCACUACAGCUCGGCUGUCAUCAGACGGGCACAGAAGGGGCGUCUGGCAGCUCUGAGGGAUGAACCUACCAAGGUGUGUGCUGUGUUUGAGCAGGACUACCCGUCUCUACGCGGAAGCGUCAGUCACCUCCUGUGCAAUGAUAUAGAGGUGGAGUCAGACUUAGAUGAUGACGUUAGCUCCGCCCUCCUGUCACCCAGCGGCCAAUCAGAUGCACAGACUCUUGCUCUGAUGCUGCAGGAACAGCUGGAUGCCAUCAAUGAGGAAAUCAGGAUGAUCCAGGUAGAGAGGGAGUCAGCUGACCUCAGGGCUGAUGAGAUAGAGUCACGUGUGAACAGUGGCAGCAUGGACGGGCUUAAUGUUACACUCCGCCCCCGGGCCAUGCCCACUUCAGCCACUGCCCAAUCACUGGCCUCUUCCUCGUCCCCGCCCAACAGUGGACGUUCCACCCCCAAACACCACGCCCACAAUGCCAGCCACCAGCUGGGCAUCAUGACCCUGCCUAGCGACUUAAGGAAACACCGCAGGAAAAUAGCAUCUCCAGUGGAGGCUCGUGAGGAUAAGGCUACUAUCAAGUGUGAGACGUCUCCCCCCUCCUCCCCCCGGAGCCUGAGACUGGAGACCAACUUCGCACAGCUUACUGGCAGUCUGGAGGACGGACGAGGGGGUAAAGCAAAGAAGGGCAUCAAGUCGUCUAUAGGACGCCUGUUUGGGAAGAGCAAGGAGAAGGGCAGGAUGGAGGGAGGAGGAACACUGGGGAGAGAACCUCUACCUGCCCUGAUGCCAGGAGUAGAAUUUGACAUGAGUAUCGGAGACACCAUGACUCUGGGCAAGCUAGGAACUCAGGCUGAGAGAGACCGCAGGAUGAAGAAGAAACAUGAGCUCCUGGAGGAGGCCCGGAGGAGAGGUCUGCCGUUCGCCCAGUGGGAUGGACCCACCGUGGUUUCCUGGCUAGAGCUGUGGGUUGGCAUGCCCGCCUGGUACGUGGCAGCGUGCCGUGCCAACGUGAAGAGCGGUGCCAUCAUGUCUGCCCUGUCGGACACGGAGAUCCAGAGGGAGAUUGGCAUCAGCAACCCCCUCCACCGCCUCAAACUACGGCUGGCCAUCCAGGAGAUGGUGUCCCUCACCAGCCCCUCAGCCCCACUCACCUCUAGAACGUCCUCUGGAAAUGUGUGGUUGACUCAUGAAGAGAUGGAGAACCUGGCUUCCUCCACUAAAGCGGAGAAUGAGGAGGGAAGCUGGGCACAGACUCUGGCCUAUGGGGACAUGAACCACGAGUGGAUCGGUAACGAGUGGCUGCCCAGCCUGGGCCUCCCCCAGUACCGCUCCUACUUCAUGGAGUGUCUGGUGGACGCCCGCAUGCUGGACCACCUCACCAAGAAAGACCUCCGCACACACCUCAAGAUGGUGGACAGCUUCCACAGGGCCAGUCUGCAGUAUGGGGUCAUGUGCCUGAAGAGACUGAACUACGACAGAAAAGACCUGGAGCGCCGCAGAGAGGAGAGCAUGCAUGACAUGAAAGAUGCAUUAGUGUGGACCAAUGAGCAGGUGAUCCACUGGGUUCAGAGUAUCGGUCUGAAGGACUACAGUACCAACCUGAUGGAGAGUGGAGUCCAUGGGGCUCUCAUCGCUUUGGAUGAGACCUUCGACUACAGUAGCCUGGCCCUCAUACUGCAGAUACCCAUGCAGAACACACAGGCUCGGCAGGUUCUAGAGAGAGAGUUCAACAACGUCCUGGCCCUUGGCACAGACCGCAGAUUGGAAGAGAGUGGAGAUGACAAGACCUUCCGGCGCUCUCCGUCGUGGCGUAAGCGUUUCCGAGCGCGUGAGGGAGGUGGAGGAAUGGGAAUGAUGGCCGGCUCCAUGGAAACACUGCCCGCUGGGUUCCGUAUGCCCUCUAUGUCCAUGCCCCCAUCUAUGGCACUGGGACCCAAGAAACAGCUGCAACCAGAAGCUCCUCCCCUGGCGCCACAGAGACUCGACCCCUCUGCUGUACGGACGUACUCAUGCUAACUCCAAUCUUACUAACAGGAGCUAGCACUAACAGUGCAUUCUCAUUACUUGUAUGGACACAUGCUUGCGGCCUUUCGAGAGUGACAUGCCAAAUUUGGGAGAGAUCUGGAUUGUUAAAGGACCUGAAUCCAGCUUCACCUCUCACCCUCUCCCUGGGACAUGUGCAAUAUGGAGGUGACCUCUGACCCUUUGACCUUUGAACUCUGAGCGUGCUAAUUGGCCACACUCGCUGCUGUAAAGGAGACUCAGCCCAGUCUCUAUUCCCUGUGACCCCAGUACCCCCAGUAGCCUUGUUGUUGUGGUGAUGUGCUCCCUGUCCUGGUCUGGUCCCAGUUCUAAAUAUGUGGGCUCAACUCCUGGGCGUUUUAAUGACAAAUCUGACCUACACCGUCACCCCCUCUCGGUUAUGCAAGGUACUAAUCAUUUAUCGUCUCGCUUUGUACAUAAAAUGGAUGACAUAUGUUUUUUAUAGAAGUAUACAUAAAUAUAUAUAUAUAUAUAUUGGAAUUAUAUAUGGAGAAUAUUAUAAUAUUAUUGCUGUACGAAACCCAAUGCCCUGUAUUCGGUGGUGACUGUUCUCUGUGUGUUGGACCUCUGUGUGUCUUAUAUGCUGUCAGUGUCUGAAACGCCAGUUAUAUUAGCUAGGAGCUCACUACGCAGGGCUGUUGUUCCUGUAUGUGAAUACUGUUACCAGGGCUCAGCCACAGACCAGAGGUUCAGACCAUAACAAGUCUGUUACCUUUCCUGCCUUUUAUCCCCUCCUUUCCUUACUGUCCUAUCUACGUUCCUCCUUCCCUUGUUUCCGCCUUUUCUUCCCUUAUAAGACACUAUGUAGCUUCCAUGAGUAUGUGUUCUUGUAGAGAGGAGAGGCUGCCGUAGGCUAUGAGCAGUGUGUGUGUGUAGAUGAAAGAAAUAGACUUCUAUGUCUCAGACUUGAAGGAAACAGUGUUCUUCUGAAAGCCAAACCCCAGACUAAUGGAUGGACUGUGUCAUUUUUCACUGGAUGAUGUCUGUAUGUCUCUGAGUGAUUCUCUGUACUUCAAAUCAAACUGUAAAUUGCUGCUGGGCAUCAGCCAACUUGAAAUCCUCAAAAACAGGUCACCUGACAGAGACGGUGAGAACGCCAUAUAUGGACUGUUCCCCCUUGCCCCUUCUUUUCCUGUCCAGUUGCCAUGGGGAUGUGAUAGCGGCCAAUGAUGCUGUCUAACCACUAACGAGUGUUGUGUAUGUGACCUCUCUGCCAAUGACAGAGCUCUACCAGUGAACCAGUGAAGUAUCCCAUGGGUGUUUUCCUUCAUUUCCUUCUUUUUACAGCUGAUGUUUAAAGGUGUGUAAAGGUGUAAUGUGCUACUGUGGCAGCUAUGAGUACUGUAUGUGUAUUUAUUCCAGGUGUGAAACGAUGCUGACAAAUCAAGAUUUUAUUAUUUGGCUAUUUAAAAGGUGUAUUGUAUUUAUGACACUAUAUACAUAAGUAAAACUGUUUUUUUUUAAGAUAAA